ACAAUGAUGCAUAGUUCACUCUAGAAGGGAGUAGAGACAGUAGAAGUGGUAGCCUUAAUUGAUGUUUGUCUGUGGAUGUUUAAGAGCUGGAAAAGUUUUCAAAAUCAUUACUUUUUUUCCACAUCCAUGAAAACGAUUUCUUUAUCUAUUUACCAUAAACUAUGGAGGAAAACAACAUUACCAUAAACACUGAGGGAAAAUUUCUUUGGCAGGUUUUGUUGGCAGUGCUGGGAGUGUGCUCGGCUGUUCCCUUCACGGGAUACACCCCCGAAGUGCAGGCUGAGAGAGCACGCUUCUUCCAAAGCUUCCGUGCUGCUCAGGCUGCCGCCGUUCCCCAGCAGGCCCUGUACCACCAUGCUGCUGCCGCCCCUCAGCACAGCUUCCACCACGCCGCCCUAGUCCAGCCCAAGUGGACCGGACCCGUAGCUGCCACCGUCCCCGCCGGCGUCGACGGCACCAUCACGCCCGUGUCCGACACCCAAGAGGUGGCUGCCGCCCGCAACGCCUUCAACAGCGCCUACCAGGCCCAGCUGAGGGCCACAGUGGGUGCCGUUCCUGCCGUGCACUCUCACGUCCCCGCCCACCAUCACGCCCCCGCCCACCACCACGCCCCCACCUACCAUCACGCCCCUGCCGUCCCUCACCACGGCUUCCACCACGCCGCCCCAGUGCAGCCCAAGUGGACCGGCCCCGUGGCAGCCACCGUGCCCGCCGGACUCCCAGGCUCCGCCCCGCAGGUCGCCGACACUCCCGAAGUCGCAGCCGCCAAGCAGCAGUUCUUCAGCACCUUCAACAGGCAGGCGGCAGCUGCGGCGCCCCCAUCGAGGCAUGUCACAAGAUUAGAGAAGAAUGAAGGAACUAACAGACAGGAUAUGAAUCAACCAGUGAAAUCUCGCGUGAACUCGACCGUCACAUCGCGUCGUGCAGAGGGACUUCUAGGACGCCGGGGCAAGGCGGGGAAAGGGGUCAAGCAAGGUCAAGAGGCCAAAGCCGGGAAGGGCCAAAUGCGGGUCUUCGAUCGGGAAAUAAUCAUGACGCCUCUGGUUUUGUUGGCAGUGCUGGGAGUGUGCUCGGCUGUUCCCUUCACGGGAUACACCCCCGAAGUGCAGGCUGAGAGAGCACGCUUCUUCCAAAGCUUCCGUGCUGCUCAGGCUGCCGCCGUUCCCCAGCAGGCCCUGUACCACCAUGCUGCUGCCGCCCCUCAGCACAGCUUCCACCACGCCGCCCUAGUCCAGCCCAAGUGGACCGGACCCGUAGCUGCCACCGUCCCCGCCGGCGUCGACGGCACCAUCACGCCCGUGUCCGACACCCAAGAGGUGGCUGCCGCCCGCAACGCCUUCAGCAGCGCCUACCAGGCCCAGCUGAGGGCCACAGUGGGUGCCGUUCCUGCCGUGCACUCUCACGUCCCCGCCCACCAUCACGCCCCCACCUACCAUCACGCCCCAGCCGUCCCUCACCACGGCUUCCACCCGCCGCCCCCGUACAGCCCAAGUGGACCGGCCCCGUGGCAGCCUACCGUGCCCGCCGGACUCCCAGGCUCCGCCCCGCAGGUCGCCGACACUCCCGAAGUCGCAGCCGCCAAGCAGCAGUUCUUCAGCACGUUCAACAGGCAGGCAGCAGCUGCGGCGCCCCCAUCGAGGCAUUACUACUAGACCCAACUGCCAUAAUGUAUAUACAAAGGAAAUCGAUUAAAAGUGAAAUAAAGUUAUAUUUCUAUUCUUGAUUUUUUUCUCUUGAUAUCAUUGUUUCAAACAAAUAAAUAUAUAUAUAUAU